UAACAGUCGUCUCUUACUGGCCUAUAAUGAUAGAACGAUAACUUGUUUAUUCUAUAAAACUAAAAUAUUUAGAUCAGAUAUUUAUUCAUCUUGUAGUACCUAGUAGAUGUUAUUAUUUCCGUAUCACUCUCAAUUUAGAUUAUUUAGUUGUUUUGUAAAUAUGUUUUAUUUAUUAAGUUUGUGUGUUAUUAAUAUUGUGAUUGUGAAUUGUCAGUAUGAAGUGCCAGAUGCAAAAGUUAAAGUUUUCUACCCUAAGGGAUUUACUGUAUCAAUACCAGACGAGCCUGGUAUCAAACUAUUCGCAUUCCAUGGUAAGAUUAAUGAGGAAUUCGAUGGAAGAGAAGCAGGAACCUUCGCUAGAGAUAUUCUGAAACCCAAAAACGGUUCUUGGACAUUUGUAGAUAGAUUUACAAAAUUAAAGGAAGGAGAUAUUUUGUAUUAUUGGACGUAUGUUGAUUACGAUGAUGGCCAACAUAAACUUGGAUACGUGAAAGAUGACCAAAUGUUCGAAGUUAAAGACCUAAUUAAUCCUAAUCUGCCAAAAAUUGAUGUAAGAUAUAAUACUCAUACAGAUUCAACAAAUAAUGUUCUAUUUUUCGAAGACUUUUCUUCUAAUAGGCUCGAUCCUAACAAGUGGAUAAUUGAACAACGAUUUGCAGAUGAACCGGAUUUUGAAUUUGUUAUGUAUGUUAACCGACCAGAAGUACUUACAAAAGAAGGUAACAAACUUAAAAUUAAACCAGUGCUUUCUGAGAAUAUAUUUGGAGGAGGAUUUGUAAAUUCAAUAAAUGGCUAUAAUUUUGGAGAUAACUGCACAAGCCUUAUUGGAUCGCAAAGUUGUAGAAGAAAUACUGGAGCUGGAUUCAUAUUACCUCCAGUGGCAUCUUCGCAAAUUAGUACUAAGAAUAAAUUUUCUUUCAAAUAUGGAAGAGUUGAAAUUCGUGCAAAACUUCCACGCGGAGAUUGGAUAUAUCCAGAAAUUUAUUUGGAACCUCUACACGAAGUUUAUGGAUCUGGAAACUACAAAUCUGGACGAAUUAGAAUUGCAUUUUCACCAGGAAAUGAACAGAUGAAUAAAAUUUUACACGGUGGUAUAAUUCUUGGUCCAAACAAUGCAGCCAGAGAUUAUGGGGACAAAACCAUUGAAGAUAUGAAUGGUUAUUGGUCUGAAAAUUUCCAUACGUUUGUCUUAGAUUGGCAACCGCAUGGCAUAACUGUAAGUGUUGACAAUAAACUCUAUGGACGAAUAGAUCCACCAGAAAACGGGUUUUCACAAUUAGGAGGAUCUUUGAGUAUUAAAAAUGCCGAUAGAUGGAGAACAGGAUCAAAAUUGGCUCCUUUUGAUCAAGAAAUGUAUUUGGUACUUGGAGUUGGAGUAGGAGGUUUUAACUUUAAAGACAGCCCUUCUAAACCUUGGAAAAAUGGAGGAAGAAACAGUGUUUCACAAUUUUAUGAAGCCAAAAAUGAAUGGUAUAGGACGUGGGGAGAAAGCAGUAACUUGGAAAUUGAUUACGUCAGAAUUACAUCUACAUAAAACUGGUUUAUAUUUUUUAAAUAAAUUGUUCAAAAAUUGUUUUUUUAUUUUAAUUGAGUAGAGGACAAUGCAUGUAAUAUACAAAUACCUUUCUCUCUGUUACAAAGUAGAAAGCCAAAAAAAUAAAUAAACUAGAC